AUGAUUACUAGAGUUAACUUGAAAAGAAAAAAUAAAAAAAAUGAAAAGAACACAACACAAGAACAAAAUGAAAAGAAUACUACACAAAAUACAUUAAAAGAAAUCAGUAUCGAAGAUUUAAAUUAUAAAAAAAAAUUAAUUUUAGAAAAUCUGCACAAAAGAUUGACAGAUUUUUUUGAUAAAAUUCCUCGUAAUAUUUUGGAUCUACCGAUUUUAUCAGUACAUCAUUCCUAUGAAGGAGAUUGUAAACUUGUAGAUAACAAUAAGAAAUUAAAAAGAGAAUCGACAGUCUCUCUUACUUUUGGAGAGGAAUUUACUUUUGAUGGAAAAGUAUUUCUUGACUCUAAAGGAAAAAUAAAGAAUAAUUCAUUAGACACCAACUUAAAAGAAUUAUUAAUAAAUGCUAAAAAAAUAGCAGAUAAAAUGGGAAAAGAUAUGAGUGUAUUUAUUGAGUGA